AUGGAGCACCACGACGUCAGCUCAAUAGCAGCUGUACCAGACGUGGAGCAUCCUCCCUUUCGGACCCACGACUCGGCACCAUGGUUCUACCAAGUUGAAUCUCAGUUCACCCCACGGCGAGUGAAGAGCGCGUCACUCUGCUUGCCUCACCAGCAGAAGAUUCGCCGUCUCACUCCUUCGGAGCCAGAGUGCCAUCAGCAGCUGCUAUGCGAAACUGGCCUGGGCGACCGCCAACAAGGCCUACUGUUGCGCCAGAUGCAGCAACUAGCGGGCAGCACUACCGACCUCGACAGUCACCUGACAGAUUCAUUCACAGAACGUUACGGAGUCAGCCUAAAUAUGUUUUCGAUGCUGCUGUCAUUAUUUUCAUUUGUUGUCGUAAGAUGUGUCGAUGUCCCAGUCGUUCAAAAGUUUGUGAUCUUUCUCAUGAAAAUGAAACUUGGAAUUUCUUUCGUGAGCAUAGCUGCGCUUUUUGACUUACAUCGCGCAGCUGUAAUCCGCAUCUUUUUUUUUUUUCAUGAUGACGAAUCUUCUGGAAUCACUGCAUGAUUUCCUUUCUGACACAUCAUUCCUACUGUCAAGGCAACUAUGCAGGAAUGUUUUAAGGUACAUUACCCUGACUGUAGUUUCAUCAUAGACUGCACUGAAGUUCGAACAGAGGAGCCACAUACGGUAAAGCAGAGUAUACAGUUAUUUUUUUCCACUACAAGGGGUGGUACACACUUAAAGUUUUUAGUUGGAAUUUUGCCGAACGGUACAGUGACUUUCGUGUCAGAGGCCUACGGAGGUCGAACUUCAGACACGCACAUAACUAUGGAAUCAGGCUACCUGCAGCGGAUAGAGCCAGGUGAUGUGCUGGCCGAUAAAGGCUUUGCUGGCAUAAAGGCACCCGUGGAAGGUAACAAAGGUGUCGUAGUCCUGCCUCUUUUCUCCAAAGGAAACAUGCAAUUUACAUUCGAUGAGCUCCAGGAAACUUAUCACAGUGCCAAAAUUCGGAUUCAUGUAAAGAGAGUUAUUCAGCGUAUCAAAAUGUUUAAUAUUGUUAAUUUUCGUGUGCCUAAUGAGCUUAUUCCUCUCAUGAGUGACAUCAUGCACUUGUGCUGCAUACUGGUCAAUAUUCAACCUCCUAUUAUUAACAGCUCUCAUCAGCAGAAUUAA